GGGAAGUGUGGUGACGUACGCGUGGCGAGGAAGGUGUUUGACGGAAUGCCCGUGCGAGGUACCGCGAGCUUUAACGCUCUGAUUGUUGGGUACGUGUUGAACGGUGAAUAUAAGCAAGCGAUAUCCAUAUUCAACCAAAUGCAAGAAUCCGCAGUCCAAUUCGAUGCGAUGACCAUGGUCGGUGUGUUGCAGGCUUGUUCCUAUCUCGGUGCCCUGCAACGAGGAAGAUAGGCUCAGAAACAAGUCCUGCGGGCCAGCAUGGAGAUCACUGUUCACUUGGGCGCAGCUCUGAUAAACACGUAUGCUCGGUGCGGUAGCAUUAAAGAAUCUCGAAGGGUGUUCGAUGGAAUACCUGAGAGAGAUUUGAUCAGUUGGACUGCCAUCAUUUGUGGAUAUGGGAUGCAUAGACUAGCUGAAGAUGCAGAGCUUCUCUUUAGGUCCGAUGGUGUCACCUUCAUGGGGCUUUUGAUGGGAUUCAGCCAUAAAGGGCUGGUUCAAAAGGGUCAACAAUACUAUCGCAGAAUGAUCCAACAGUAUGGUUUUAAGUCUACUCUGGAGCACCACAGUUCCAUGGUUGAUAAGCUUGGUCGAGCAGGUAGACUGGAUGAGGCUGAGGAGUUCAUUGGAAACAUGGACGUGGAGCCUGAUGCAAGUGUUUGGUGUGGCCUUCUUAAUGCCUGCAAAAUUUACGGGAAUGUUGACAUUGGUGAGCGAGUCAUCGAACAGAUUCUGAGGAUCGACCCUGGUUAUGCAGGUCGGUACGUCCUGAUGUCUAACAUCUAUGCGUUUAUGAGAUGUUGGGAUGGUGUUGCAAGGAUGAGGCUUCUGAUGAAGGAGAAUAGGAUAUCAAAGCCUCCUGGAUGGAGUUUGAUCGAGAUUGGAGGUCAAAUGCACAUCUUCCUUGCGUUCGAUAAGUCGCACCCUAGGUCGAACGAGAUAUACAAUUUUCUCAAGGACCUUGAAAAGAGGAUGCGUAUCGAGCAUUAUGUGCCGGAGAUAAAAUGUGUGCUAAGCAAAUUGGAUGAGGAACACAAGGAUGACAUGCUCUGUGGCCAUAGCGAGCGAUUAGCCAUUGCAUUUGGGAUCUUAGGCACAGGAGAUGGUGAAGUGUUGAGGGUGAUUAAGAACUUGAGAGUGUGUGUAGAUUGCCACACCGCCACCCAAGUUCAUAAGAUUGUCAAGCAGGAGAUUGUCGGCAGAGAUGCAAAAAGAUUCCAUCAUUUUAAAGAUGGUGCUUGCUCCUGUGGUGACUAUUGGUGAGAGUGGCAUUCCCAGGUUGUAUCAGGGUAUCGGGCGGUCGACCUCUGGCUCUCUCUCAUGCAGACUCUUCCUGGUCGCAGCUUUUCCAUCUCUAAAAUAUACCUGGUUUGAUGGUGCAAGAACUCUUGCUGAGCUGAGAUUUUCUACAGAAUUUGAUGUCUGAGAGACCGCAUUAGGAAGUUUCAUUAUUUUCUCAUCAUCCACACAAGUGCAAAGGAACUGAAAUAACAUGAUCCCACAUGUUGCUAGUUUCUUGACCAGAAUUCUUCAAAAGGGUUUUUAGAAAGUAAAUCAUAAGAGAGGAGCAGGCUAUGCUUGAAGUGAGGUUUUGGUGUGUAUUCGUUAAGCAUUUGCUGUAAGCUAAAUUAUUUUGCAUUUGUUCUCCUUGUACAUGUAUAUGGCUGUGAUGUACAUGAGAUUGAAGAGACAAAGGUUCUUCCUCUUCCUAUAAUAAUUAUCUGAAAUUUUCUCGUU